CUCUGCUCCCCACACGCAUCACUUUUUCAUUUUCUCUCUCUACACUCUACAAUCUCAAACCAACCCAAGUACCCCAACCCCCUUUGCGUCCUCUCUCUUAGCUACUUUUAUUUCUCUACUUUGCUUUUCUCUCUCUACCCCGCUCCCUCCCUCCUCAACGAUAUAUCUCUCUCCCUUCGCGGUUCGCGCUCUCUAUCUCUCUCCCACGCCUUACGACAUAUCUCCUAUCCUCCCAGAGUUUUCAACUCUCUUCUGAAGCUAAAGUUCCCGUUAUUCUCUACUGCCAUGGAACACAGCAAGACCACCACUGCCCCAACUGUCACCAACAAGAGGGUCCGAGAUGACUCGGAUAACUUGGAAUCGGACUCGCCCGAGGCGAAGAGAAUCCGAGAUAACCUCCUUGAUAUCCUCAACGACACUGAUACCGUUGUUGACCGGAACCCCGCAAACCAAGACCUGGCAUCCGUCAUGAAGAGUUUCGAAGAAGAAAUAUCUCUCCCCACCUCCCUGCCUUCGGAGACGGAGACGGAUAUAACUCCUCAGUCGGACUCCGGCGAGUCACAGCCCGAUCUUGGUUAUCUUCUGGGAGCCUCGGAUGAUGAGCUUGGUCUGCCGCCAACUUUCUCACCGUCCUCUGGUGAGGAAAAAAGUGAAGAGGAUAUAUUACGUGUUUCGUCUGAUGCCGUUGGAUAUGAUAAGUUUUGGGGGUUCGAGGAUGAGAUCCCGGUCUAUGACUCGUUGUGUUUUGGGAUCAACGACGAGAAUAGCAACAACGACAGUAACAACAACAACAACAGCACCGGCGAGUUUGUAGCCUUGGGGGGGUUGUUUGACUACCCAGAUGUGUUUUCUGGGUCAUCCGAUUAUUCGGAUUUUUCGUGGCGCCCCGAGUCCUUGCCGGCGCUGUAAACCGUACAGAUGCCGUCGACAUGCCGGGCUUUUAAACCGGCGCCGGUUGUAGGGCCUACUGUUUAUAACAGUUACGUGUAAAUUUAAGAAAAAAUUUGGAAAAACUUCAGUCAAAAUCAGAAGUCCUUGAAGCUUUAAAUGGUGAGACAUUCGUUGGUUCUUUGUAUCAGAUCAUAUCCUAUUAUUGCAUCCUCUCUCUCCCUUAAA